AGCUGGUCGGUCCCUCUCUCCCCAGCAGAAGGGAUGAGCCGCUGUGCAGAGAAUCUGAGGGCCUUCCUAGCCCAGGUGGAGGCCAAAGCUGGGCAGGAGAAAGGGCAGCUGGCGGAGGAAUUCCAGGAAAUCAAAGCCCGGGCGACGGCGUUUCGGCAACAGCAGAGCAUUUCGACAGAGGCCGGGGGCAGCAAGGAGAACCUCAAGAAGAACCGUUACAAGGAUAUAUUGCCAUACGAUCAGACCAGAGUUGUUCUGAAUUUGUUGACGGAGGAAGGACAGACGGAUUAUAUCAAUGCCAACUUCAUCCAGGGUGUGGAUAACAAGAGAUGCUACAUCGCAACACAAGGACCUCUUCAGCUCACAGUGUUUGACUUCUGGCGUAUGGUUUGGCAAUACAAGGUCAAGGUGAUUGUCAUGGCCUGCCGGGAAGUGGAAAUGGGCAAGAAAAAAUGCGAGCGUUACUGGCCUUUGGCGGAGGAGACUUUGCACUUUGGACCCUUCUCCAUAGCACAGGCUAAAGAACAGGAACUCAAUCCGGACGUCAUUCUGCGGAUGCUUACUGUGACCUUCCAGAAGGAGGAACGGACGAUCUCUCAUUUCCAGUACGUGGCUUGGCCAGACCGGGGCAUCCCCGACACCUACGGCUACUUCCUUAACAUGAUUGAGCAAGUAAGGUGCAAGCAGGGCGAGGACAGCGUUCCCAUCAUUGUGCACUGCAGCGCCGGCUGUGGCCGGACGGGUGUGAUCUGCACGUUGGACUACAUCCGGCAGCUGCUGCUGAAACAGAGAAUCCCUCCACACUUCAGCAUUUUUGAUGUCGUCCUAGAAAUGAGGAAGCAGCGGCCGGCUGCGGUUCAGACCCAGGAGCAGUACGAGUUUGUAUAUCGUGCGGUCAUAGAAAUGUUCCGGGCCACCUUGGGCAUCUCCGUCCCGAACUACGAAAACCUCAAGGAGAACCGUCUUCCUCUGUAUGACGACGCCCUCUCCUUCCGACACCCGGCGGUGCCCCUGCUCAAACGAAACACUAUCCUACGGAGUAUUUCCGUGCCCACCGAUCCCACCCCUGCCGCCCUUCCGGAACUGCCACCCAAGAUGGGGGAUACCUACGCGGUAGUGAACAAGUUCCGACGGAGUGGAGGAGUGGCUUCUCCUGCCGGCGAGGCCCGGCAAGGCGGAGAUGCAACCCUGUACACUUCAGUGAAGCCUCGGCCCAACAACACCCCCGACACCUCAGCGAUCGACCCGAAUGCCUUCGUGGGAUUGCAAGCCAGCCAUUCGCUGCCUGGAAGCCCCGUAAGAAGGCCGCCUCCCAGUUCAGCCUGUGAAUACGCCACGGUUAACACACCUGCUCCAGCCGACGUCCCCCCCAGAGCUACCACUUCCCCAUCUCAUUCUAACGGACUUGGCAAAACCUUCCUGCGGAACUUGAUGCCCCCAGUUUUUACCUCAUCACCUGGGAAGAAAGCUCUGACGUCACCCCGGAAUAUCCCCUCACAGGCAUAUGAAGAUUUAGGCGAUCCUGUUUCCCGGAACACCCCAAGCACGGUGGGCUCUUCCGCCAAUCCAAUGGGGUUCAACUUCCGCAUCGGAAAGCCAAAGGGACCGAGAGACCCCCCCGCCGAGUGGACCAGGGUAUAAGCGGCACUCAAAGAGGGGGGGAAAGAUGGACGCUGCUUCUGCCAUGGAGCUGAACAGAGUGGACUGAACUGCCGCCACAUUUACCCCUACAGUAGGGAGUGGAUGUACAAUCAGCGAAUCGCCCCGGGGGGCCGCCACCGCCGCUUUGGUAGGCUCGGCAGCUGGGAAGCGAGAAAGCCGGAAGUGUGAAACGGGGAAUUCUUCGACCAAAUAAAUCCAGAUUUUUUUUCCCAACUGGGAUUUGGGGGGGGGGGAAUGGGAGCGGUCUGUCCCACUUCAGCAGGUCUCGAGUGGUUCUGGGGCCCAAGUACGAGAUUACCCUUGGAUAUUUUAGCCGGCAAACACUGAAAACCCAAUACCUGAAAAUGCCCGU